CGCGCCAAGCCAAGCCAGUGCGUGCAUGUGUCGCAGACUUUAAAACUCAGAGAGAGCUGAAACAGCGGCGGACCGGAGAGAGCUCCAAGAGUAGCCUACUGGUGGCUUUAAAUCCUAAAUAAAUCAAUCAAAAAACACUCUACGUGUGUAAGCAGAAUAGUUAAGCGGCAUUUUAUCACCUGAAGAGGAAGAUCUGGAGAGAUAAGAAAACUGUUUGCUGCACUGGAUGAUCUCAUGAACAUGGAGCUGUCAUCAAUUGGAGAGCAAGUGUUUGCUGUGGAGUCAAUAACGAAGAAGAGAAUCAGAAAGGGAAACGUGGAAUAUCUGCUAAAGUGGCAAGGAUGGCCACCUAAGUACAGCACCUGGGAACCAGAGGACAACAUAUUGGACCCUCGUCUUGUCCUUGCCUAUGAAGAAAAAGAGGAGAAGGAAAGAGCUCUGGCUUAUAAGAGGAAAGGCUUGAGACCCCGUCAAGUUAUUCUGCGGAAUCUCUACCCAAUGGACCUGCGAAGUAAACAUAAGGUUUCAGAUAAAUCCACCCCGAGAAUCCGCCUGUCACUCACCCGCUCCAUGGGGACAGAAAUAGACCAGAAUGGGCGGCGCUGCCAGCGCUUAGAGAAACGCAAGAACAGACGGUACAGGUCCAAACUCAUGAAUGACAUCAAACGAUUCCAGCAACCAAGAAGACAUCCACUUCUUCUAAAAGACUCAGAGAAAGAAUGGGAUGGAGAUGAGGAAGAUGAGCAGAAGAGAAAGGUGAAGAAGAUGAGAGCAAACGAAGAAAACACACCAGAAGUGCACCAGGACAUUCCAAGUGGUCAAGAGAUGUCGGAGGGGUACAACUCUUCGGCAGAACAUGAAGCUGUAAUCACCAUUGAGGAAACUGAGAACUGCUCUUCCAUUUUUGACCACGCCGAGAAGCCAAGCAAGGAUACAGGUCCAGUUUUAGGAGCAACAGUAUACAGUACAAUCACCAACACACAAGAGAAAGAGCCAGUCACAAACAGUGCAGGGGGUGAAGACUCUGUACGGGUAUCACACGACACAACAAACACUGACCAAUCACUACACAACAGCACCAAGUCAGGAGCCAAGCAAGGUGUGUUUGACCAAGUCAAAGAACAGAACAGACCUUCGGUUAUCGAGGUACAUUCGAGCGUUAAAUGUAGACAGGAUGAGGUAAGUGAAAGGGGCAAGCUAGACAGUACAGGGGCCAAAGAAAUGGAAGGGAUGGAUGCUGUUGUUACAGCAGACUGCACAUUAUUACAGGUCCCAGUUGACCAAUCACAGACUCCCUCCACCACCACAGUGCAUCCUGGGAAAGUCAUUGUGACUCAGGUGACAAUAAAUUCCUUGACCGUCACCUUCAAAGAAGCCAUGAGUGCAGAAGGCUUUUUUAAUGGCUAUGGGCUUUAGGUGUAAGUUGACAAAGGAACCCAGGAAUAUACCAUAGAUUUAUGUACCAAGUAAAUAAUACAGUUUGCAGUAGUGAAGCAGAUAUUGCCUAAAUAAGGUAAAGAUAUUCACAAGGUAUUUGUUUUCUUCAGUUUGUCCUUGUGUCAAUAUGUGGUUAAAUAACUGUUGAAGGACGACAUUUCUGAUUAUACUCAGUGAUGCUGUAUACGAAGACUUUAAGCAUGUAAUGAAGUGAAUCUCUGUGUCUGUACCACUACUUUACCAUCAGCAGCAGUCAUUGACAAUUACUUGACAAAGUCAUUGACAUAACAAAGAGAAACUGUUUUUCAGUUCCGACUUGAAGACAAAACUACUGUUCCGUCGCCUCUUUUGUCCUGUAACCAAACCGGUGGGAAAAGGAAAGGCCACCUGUCUUUGUUCCCAUAUCUGCACCUGAGCUGUCUUCACUUCGGAGGCCUUUGUGCAUUUUUAAAGAGACAGUAUUGGUUUACAUUCACAGCUGCUGCACCGGAUGCUUUCGUAGGGGUAGAUCCUGUUCAUCUGAACACGUGCUUUAGGUGUGCUUUUAGCAUGGCAGAAAUCAAAGCCAGGCCUAUAUUACAUGUAUUGGUCAUUGUGAUAACUGAACAUGGCUUGUCAGCUCUGUUGUUGCACUCACAUGUGACAACUACACUUUUUUUGCUUGUAUUUACAGCAAAUAAAUGGAAAAAUAAA